AUUCAUACGUCGAUUUGUAUAUACACGUUUGUAAUAAACAAAGGGAACCCAGAGAGAGUGAUAUGUGAUAAGAAGUUUGUGUAUUUCGGAACGUAGUUUUUGUCCUAUCAACAUCGAAGUCAAUGAACGUGUUUUGGGGGUGGAAUACAAAAACAUAAUCAAAAUGUUUACGUUAGUGAAUUUCCAUUUACGAUCGCUAAUCCUAGUAACAGUUUUUGCGACGGUAUCAUUUUGCUCACAAGAUUCGGACACUGUGCAAAGAAAGUUGAUAGCAGAGCUGAAUCCGGGUUGCCCUGAAAAAAUAUGUACCGCAAACAAUUCCGGAGUAACUUUAAUUCACAUUAGAGCGGAAUCUGCAACUGAUACCAUCCAUUACGUUUGGGAUUUCACACAAAAACCAACUAUUCUGGUGGCUUUGACCGAGAAAAACGCUUCCUUGAACAUCGAUUGGGAAGCUUUUCGGAGUCGUAAACCGGAGUCAGUAAAAUUUAGUAAACCGACCAAGUAUGUCUUUAUGACGGUUAUUAAUAGGAUCUUUCAAUUUGACGAUUCGAAUGACAAAGGGAGUAUCACUAAUGAUUCAUCAACAUAUGUUUAUGACCCGCAUCGAUUUUCCUGGAAUCGAACCUUAUAUUGGAAUAAUGAAAAAGAUGUUCUACUGGCUGUCAAUGCCGAUAAUGAUUUCUUAUUCAAGAUGAAUGCUUAUUCAACUCGAAACCAUGGAAUGGAAUACCCACAUCUUUUACACACGUCCAACUCUACGCAAGUUGAUAUCGUAUUCAAUAAUGUGAGCUCUAAGUUUGAACGGCCAAGGUUUGCAAUAGAGCUGCUGUUCGUAGUGUCCGAGCAAGCAAUUGCCGGGUCAAAUUUUGAGAUCACUAAACGAAAAAGUUUCGACGAUGAGCACACGCCAGGAAUAUUCGAAAUCAUUGAUGUUUUAUCUCCCGGAGCAUUUAAAUUUUCCACAGGUGGAUACAUUGAAUAUCGCCCGGUUUCCUAUACCCAUCCGGAGCGAGACGUGUCAACGUCGACGGAAACACAACAGAGCGAACCAAAGUCAAUCGAAUCACCUUCGACUGAAUUGAACGCUACUUUGGCUUACGCCAUUUUUGGCAAGAAACUGGAUUCGCUAUUAGUUCAAGGCAUGAAUAUUUCGUUUGGUCUCGGUGGAGAUGGAUUUUACUCGAAAACAAACUACACCACGAUGACGUUCCAGGUUGGUUAUGGUUCACCUCCGGUGGAACAAUUUUCGGCUUUUGUACUCAUCGUGGCUGGAAUCGGGAUUGGUGUUCCGCUCGCAUUGCUUAUAUUCGGCGGUUUGUACGUAUGUAUAAAAAAGUUGAGAACGAGUUCGGGGUCUAGCGUUUGACUGAUAUGUUUAUGAGUGUUGUUAGAAAAUUAUUGUACAUUAGUAACAAUCCUGUCCAACGAGGACAUUUAAUGUAGUGAAGCAUUUCUCACGUAGUUUUUAAGGCUUUACAAGUAUUUCUUUAUCAGACAUUUAUUAGGGAAUCAGUGAUAUAAUUUUAGGCAAGUAAUUUGGCAAUUGAUACCUACCUUAUUGCAAACAAGUUCAGAAUGUAAUAAAGUUUGCUUUUGUAGAA